AACUAAAAGAGACAAAGGAGAGAGAAAGUGAGUGUGAAAUAGUAAAAUAAAAGGAAAGAAAUGCCAUCACAAGAAGAAUCAUCCCAAGAUGAGAUAAUAAAGAAAGGCAGCAACAAAGAAGAACAGUGGAGAUGGUCAGAAAUGCAAGGUCUUGAACUUGUUUCAGAAAACCCACUUCCAAACUCCAAUCAAAAUCAAAACUUGCACACACUAACUGAAGAAAACCAAGGACUGGAAAUGGAAAAUGAAGGGAAAAACAGUGAUAAAAAAGAUAUACAGAAAAAGAAGAAAGAGAAAGCUCAAACAGUUGGUUUUGGAGAGCUGUUUAGAUUUGCAGAUGGAUUAGAUUAUGUAUUAAUGGGUGUUGGAACAAUUGGUGCUUUUGUUCAUGGUUGUUCUUUGCCUAUUUUUUUAAGAUUCUUUGCUGAUCUUGUCAAUUCAUUUGGGUCCAAUGCUAAUAACAUUGAUAAAAUGAGCCAAGAAGUCUUAAAGUAUGCAUUCUACUUUCUUGUAGUUGGAGCUGCAAUAUGGGCAUCUUCUUGGGCAGAGAUAUCGUGUUGGAUGUGGACAGGAGAGAGACAAUCAACAAAAAUGAGGAUCAAAUACUUAGAAGCAGCACUGAGUCAAGACAUUCAGUUCUUUGAUACUGAAGUCAGAACUUCAGAUGUUGUUUUUGCUAUUAAUACUGAUGCUGUUAUGGUUCAAGAUGCCAUUAGUGAAAAGCUUGGGAAUUUCAUACACUAUAUGGCAACAUUUGUUUCUGGAUUUGUUGUGGGAUUCACAGCAGUUUGGCAGUUAGCACUGGUAACUUUAGCUGUGGUGCCACUAAUUGCAGUAAUUGGAGGUAUUCAUGCCACCACAUUAUCUAAACUUUCAUCCAAGAGUCAAGAAGCUCUUUCACAAGCUGGAAACAUUGCUGAACAGACCAUUGUACAAAUUCGGACAGUUUUGGCAUAUGUGGGUGAAACAAGAGCAUUACAAGCUUAUUCUGCUGCAUUAAAGAUCUCACAAAGACUUGGAUACAAAAGUGGAUUUUCUAAAGGAUUUGGAUUAGGAGCUACAUAUUUCACUGUCUUUUGCUGUUAUGCACUUCUUUUAUGGUAUGGUGGCUAUCUUGUUAGACACAAUCACACCAAUGGAGGACUUGCCAUUGCCACUAUGUUCUCUGUCAUGAUUGGUGGACUUGCUUUAGGCCAAUCUGCCCCAAGUAUGUCUGCAUUUGCAAAAGCUCGAGUAGCUGCAGCAAAAAUCUUUCGAAUAAUCGACCACAAACCAAGCGUUGACAAAAACGCUGAAUCUGGUUUAGAGUUAGACUCGGUCGCGGGGCUCAUUGAGCUAAAAGAUGUCAACUUUUCAUACCCUUCAAGACCAGAUGUUAAAAUUCUUGAUAACUUUAGUUUAAGUGUUCCUGCUGGGAAAACCAUUGCUUUGGUUGGAAGCAGUGGGUCUGGAAAAAGCACAGUGGUUUCCCUCAUUGAAAGGUUUUAUGAUCCCACUUCAGGACAAGUAAUGCUUGAUGGGCAUGACAUCAAGGGACUUAAACUCAAAUGGUUAAGGCAACAAAUUGGUUUGGUUAGUCAAGAGCCAGCACUUUUUGCUACAACAAUUCAAGAGAAUAUACUAUUGGGUCGACCUGAUGCAUCCAUUAUCGAGAUCGAGGAAGCAGCUCGUGUUUCCAAUGCUCAUUCGUUCAUUAUUAAGUUACCCGACGCGUAUGAUACUCAGGUUGGGGAGAGGGGGUUACAAUUAUCGGGCGGACAAAAGCAGAGAAUAGCGAUUGCGAGGGCAAUGCUAAAGAAUCCCGCAAUCUUGCUUUUGGAUGAAGCAACGAGUGCUUUGGAUUCUGAAUCCGAAAAGUUGGUUCAAGAGGCGUUGGAUCGAUUCAUGAUUGGGAGGACAACUCUCGUGAUUGCCCACCGUCUCUCCACCAUAAGAAAGGCGGACCUGGUAGUGGUUUUGCAGCAGGGUAGUGUUUUGGAAAUGGGAACUCAUGAUGAGCUUUUUGCAAAGGGCGAAAAUGGUGCCUAUGCUAAGCUUAUAAAAAUGCAAGAGAUAGCUCAUGAAACUGCCUUGCAUAAUGCCAGAAAGAGUAGUGCCAGACCAUCUAGUGCAAGGAAUUCAGUGAGUUCGCCUAUAAUUACCCGGAACUCGUCUUAUAGUAGAUCACCAUAUUCCCGAAGAUUGUCAGAUUUUUCGACAUCAGACUUUAGUCUAUCAGUUGAAGGUGGUUACCCGAGUUACCGUCAUGAAAAACUUCAGUUUAAGCAGCAAGCAAGUUCCUUUUGGCGGCUAGCAAAGAUGAACUCACCCGAAUGGACAUACGCUUUGAUUGGCUCAGUGGGGUCUGUGAUUUGUGGGUCACUCAGUGCUUUUUUUGCUUAUGUCCUAAGUGCUGUCCUGAGUGUGUACUACAAUCCAGACCAUGAUUACAUGAUUAGAGAAAUCGGGAAAUACUGUUAUCUGUUGAUUGGGGUUUCAUCUGCUGCACUCAUCUUCAACACUUUGCAGCAUUUUUUCUGGGAUAUUGUUGGAGAAAAUUUGACUAAACGGGUGCGAGAGAAAAUGCUGGCUGCAGUUUUAAAGAAUGAAAUGGCAUGGUUUGAUCAGGAGGAGAAUGAGAGCUCGAGGGUUGCCGCCAGGUUGUCUCUCGAUGCUAAUAACGUCCGUUCAGCAAUUGGUGACCGUAUUUCAGUGAUCAUGCAGAACUCUGCCCUCAUGUUGGUGGCCUGCACAGCUGGUUUUGUUCUUCAGUGGCGGCUCGCACUUGUUCUGGUUGCUGUUUUCCCUCUGGUGGUUGCAGCCACUGUCUUGCAGAAAAUGUUCAUGCAAGGAUUUUCUGGUGACUUAGAAGGUGCUCACUCGAAAGCAACACAGUUAGCUGGAGAGGCGGUGGCCAAUAUGAGAACAGUAGCUGCUUUCAACUCCGAGGCGAAAAUUGUCAACCUUUUCACACUAAGUCUCGAGAAGCCUCUUCGAAGAUGCUUCUGGAAGGGCCAGAUAGCUGGGAGUGGAUUUGGAAUAGCUCAGUUUUUGCUAUAUGCUUCUUAUGCACUUGGACUUUGGUAUGCGUCUUGGCUUGUUAAGCAUGGUAUCUCUGAUUUUUCAAAGACGAUACGGGUUUUCAUGGUUCUCAUGGUCUCAGCAAAUGGUGCAGCUGAAACCCUAACUCUUGCUCCUGAUUUCAUUAAGGGUGGCCGAGCAAUGAAGUCUGUUUUUGAUCUACUUGACCGGAAAACUGAGAUCGAGCCCGAUGAGGUAGACUCUGUCCCUGUUCCGGACCGUCUCCGAGGCGAAGUAGAGCUCAAGCACGUUGAUUUUUCUUACCCGUCUCGCCCUGACGUACCAGUUUUCCGUGACCUCUGUUUACGAGCCCGUGCUGGAAAAACACUUGCCCUAGUUGGUCCUAGCGGUUGCGGGAAGAGCUCAGUGGUCUCACUGAUUCAAAGAUUCUACGAACCAUCUUCGGGACGCGUGAUGAUCGAUGGAAAAGAUAUCAGGAAAUACAACCUAAAGGCGUUAAGGCGUCACAUUGCAGUCGUUCCACAGGAGCCAUGUCUAUUUGCCACCACUAUCUAUGAGAACAUUGCUUACGGACACGAGUCAGCAACCGAAACUGACAUAAUCGAAGCAGCCACCCUCGCCAACGCUCACAAGUUUAUCUCUGCAUUACCUGAUGGUUACAAAACAUCUGUUGGGGAAAGAGGAGUGCAGCUUUCAGGGGGACAAAAGCAGCGAGUCGCCAUAGCAAGAGCGUUUUUAAGAAAAGCUGAGGUGAUGUUACUAGAUGAAGCUACAAGCGCACUUGAUGUAGAGUCUGAGAAGUGCAUUCAAGAGGCUCUCGAACGAGUCUGCUCAGGGAAAACGACCAUUGUUGUAGCUCAUAGGCUAUCGACUAUAAGAAAUGCUCAUGUUAUUGCGGUGAUAGAUGAUGGGAAAGUGGCAGAACAAGGGUCACACUCGCACCUGUUGAAGAACUACCCAGAUGGGUGUUAUGCCAAAAUGAUACAGUUGCAAAGAUUCUCUCACGGGGAGGCUGCGAGUAUGGUAUCAGGGGGUUCAGGUUCGACUUCAAAACGUCAGAUAGAUGGGCAAUGAAUUGAAAUGGUCACAUUUUAAUAUACGAAAACUUGAUUUUUGAAUACUAUUGUUAUCAUAUAUCAUUUGGUAUAGUAAUAUGAAAUCAUUAAUAGAA